GUAUGAGUCUGGGAUAAGAACAAGCAUUGAUGAAAGUGAUAAAAUUUCAUCUAGGUCUCGGGCUAAGGAGUCACCCGAUAAUGCCGCCACAAAGUUUAUCAAUGCAAUAGUAGGAAAUUGGUGCAGUUAUACGCAAAAGAAGAAGUCGGAGGUGCCACAGGGUACCACAGCUCUGGAAGAAAGAAGGACCAAAGAAUCAAAUCACAUGGAAAAUUACCUAUUGGAUCCAUAA